AUGAACGCAAUUUCAGACUACGAGGAAAGGCGGAGGAUCCAGAAUCUUGUCGCGCAACGCAAAUGGCGACAAAAGCUUCGGGCUAGGCAAAGAUCCGUCUCGCAGUCUAUUCAAAUCCAUCAUAAGCCAGACGAAGGUUUCAAGGACCAUCAUAUGUGGCAGCCUUCGUCUGCGCACACUGCUCAGGCUAUUCACGGCCCAGGUAACGACUCCCAGGGCAUAAUAUCCUUGGAGAAUCCGUUGUCGACCGACGGGUUGGGAGCACAAGAUCCGAUUGCUUCGUCUGCGGGUCAAACCAUCGGAAGUACUCUGGUGAAAUCUUACCCACCGGAAGUGGAUAUGUCUAGGUCACCGUUCCGUAGUGAUGACUACGCGGGAAUUAUGGUUGAUGCGCGAGAUACUUUAUCCAAAGGACAUAUAGAUAAUGGCCUGCUGUCUGGGUUGAACCCAAACAUGGGUCACGAUUAUUCUUGGCAAUUUCCUGAUUGCGAAGCCGGGCAGACUGCCCCUUUCGACCGCGGUGCAGCGCAGAACUGUAUUGAGACGCAUAUUGACGGGACAGACCUUCAAACCACGGCAGACAUAGUCAGAAACCAGAUAAUUAGAUCUAUAGAAAGAGCUGAGAUUCUCUACGAGUACGGUGCCGUGAUGCAGCUUUUUCCGCCGAACAAAAGUUUCCAAAAACAUCUCGCAGAUGCCAAAACAGGAGUUGUAUUGGCUCCUACGGGAUACCAAACCCAUUUUUGA